AUGUGUUCGGGGGCAACAUUAGCUUAUAGAAGGCAUUCAGCGCAAUCUGAUAGAACAACUAAAAUACUUUUGAUAUUACUUACUGUUUUCUUCAGUACUGAAUUUCCACAAGGAAUCUUGGCUAUACUUAAUGGUCUCUUUCCUAAUGAUAUCCACCAAUUUGUUUAUUUAUCACUUGGAGAACUUUUAGAUUUAUUAUCUUUAAUUAAUUGCAACACUUGUUUCAUAGUCUAUCCAUUAAUAUCUUCACAAUACCGCUCAACUCUUAAAUCUUUAAUUGAAUGUAUUAGACAAUUAAUUGCUGGGAAAGGAUGGAAAGCUUCAACUUUCAAUAUUCGGAGUAGAUCUAGAUUAUCUGAAGCUAAAUUAUCUUUAGCUAGUAGACCAAUGACUCCUUCCCCUCCUUUUCGUUUUUCUUCUGGCAACACUUUCUCCACAACACUUUCUCCUUUCAAUUGGCCCUUCUCUCGAAAAUCUACACUUCACAAAAGUUCUAUAACUUUAUUACACAAUAAUAAUAAUAAUGGCAUAAGUGGUGGUUGUAGUACAGAAAGUACACAAAUUCGAUUUCUUGAUGAUCAGGAUGUUCUUUUAUGA